AUCAAUCUGAAGCUGACAUGAAAGCUCAACAUCACUAAUUUACACGAAAUUGAUUCUCUGCGCCUUGAUAUUUACUCCUUCAGUCGCUCUUUUCUACUUUUUACGUCAAAAUGCCGUCUCCGAUCGUUGCCGCUACACUCCAGGCUGCAGGCCUGUCGACAAUCUCUAAUCUCCUUGCCCAGAUGAUUGAGGCUCGUCAACAGAAUCGUCCGGUCUCCCUUGACAUCGUCCAGCUUCUGCGCUUUGUCUCCCUCACAUUAAUGACCGCGCCUCCAAACUAUCACUGGCAAUCAUUCCUGGAGCGAACAUUUCCCGCAUACCCUGCUGGUCGAGGACCCCAGCUUGGGCGUCUAAAUGAUCUUGAAAUGCAGCCUACCGAAGAUGCUCCCGAGCUCAAGGAAGGCUACGAGGAGCGCAUGGCGCAGAUCAACAAGGAUAGAGAGCCUCAAUUUAGUAUGCGCAACACUUUGACAAAGUGGUUCGUCGAUUGCAUCACUGCGGGAGCUAUCAUGAACACGAUUGCGUUUUUGAUCAUUAUGGGUCUGCUCAAAGGUCAGGGCGGUUCUCAAAUCUGGAGCAACAUCAAAACAGAAACUAUUCCCAUCAUUGUGGCUGGCUACAAGAUUUGGCCUGUUGCAUCCAUCAUCAGCUUCACUUUCAUCCCUGUCCACCGACGAAUUGUGUUUUUGAGCUUCAUCGGUCUUCUAUGGGGAAUCUACAUGAGUCUGGUGGCUUCACGGGUCUAGGUCGUUUGCAAUGCUUUAUGAACUUUCGUUGUCUCGUGCUAAGCGAAGGCCGACUUUGGCAUGCUGUAUUUUCCAUGUAUGUGCCAGAAGAAAAAAGCCUCUACUAGCUGAAAUCGUUUGGUAAAGCUCGCCUAGCCUACAAUUCGUUGUGCUGUUCAAUCGAAAUAAAUCUUACUACUAUGGAAAUAUGAGUAGUACGUUGAGCUGGCCUUCAAAAAGAAAGAUUGACUCAACAGUGUCCAUGGGUAUUCAACACCUACCAGCCAGAUUGGUUUGUUUUGAUUUUGCGUUCGAAAGGGCUAAAGCUGCACCUGCAGCAGAUCAGUUGUUCAAGUCUUAUUCCUUGAAGUAAUUUGUUGAAUGAAUCAAAUACGGACUAUUAUUGUUGGUUA